UUCUUUAUGACGUCUUCUUCCCUUCCCCUUCCAAUGCAACGCAUAUCUCUUCCCCUUCCUUGCAUGUUCUUUGGUCCUUGCUAUAUACACACAACCAUGUCUCCAUAGGAUAUAGGGAAUGAGGGAGGCUGAGGCGACCGGACUCCUCUCGCCGGUGGCGACCGGAUCCCCUUCACAGGAGGUUCGGCCCCCGUCAGGUGGCUACGUAGGGGGGGUACCGCAGAUCCCGCCGUGUUCUCCCAGUGUCCUACCGGAGGCGCCGCCGGGAGGACAGGAGGGAUCGCCGGGAUCGGGCGGGGAUCGCAGCGACUCUACGCAGAAGAAGAUCGGGCGGGAGGAGCGAAGAUGGAUCCAGUGGCGGGCGAUGUUCUCUGCUGGGACGGAUCCGGGUAUCUGGACCGAAGGUCGUCUUCGUUUUUCUCCGCACUCAACUUGGCUGGCACUUCUCGAUUUGGAGAACGACGUUCAUGCCGGCGAACCCUUUCCGAACGGCGGCAUGCUCCAGGUUAUCUUCAGAGCUACAGCUUGGAUCCGUACGUGGUCCUUACUCACUCAUAUGGACUCCAGGGAGCCUUUGGUUACUGGGUGCAACCAAUGGGAGAUGGUGGCUCGGGCUAUAUUCAACCGGUUCGGAUGGCGGUCGCAUAACAGGAUAGGAGUCUAGAGAGAUUGUCCUUAUUAUUACCAUACCGGUUGUCUUUGUCCGCUUGUACUUUUCAGUUUUUAUGCCUUGUGCUCUGCUCCGUUUGCGAGCUGUAAGACCUUUGCGGUGAUACUUUCGGGAUUUUUAAUAAAAGGGCUGCAUGCAUCAUUAUGAUGCAGAGGCCGGGGGUAUACCUCCAUUUCAA